GUGUGUGCAUAGCUUGUAGAUAAAGCUGUUUGCAUUUGGAAGCCGCCAUUCGAUCUGAAUAAUGUCGUCCCCUGACUCCAUACCAAAGGUUUGCCUAGACGUGUCAGAAGUCGUGAAGCUCCUCUGUGCUGUCGGCUUCAGCGUCCGUCACCUAGAUAUAUCGGAACCAUAUGAUGUGACGCCCACCGGCGUCUCAGGCCAGGAAAGGCGUGGUGGUUGUCGUGUUGUGGUCUCGUGUACCACUUCUGGGCUCCGAGCCGUGCUUGAAACUGUGGGGGAAGAAUGCAGAUGCACAUCGAAACAGCUGAAUAUGGCGGCGUCUAACACUCAGGUUGAGAGAGUAAUCACUCCGCUUAGUGACCCAGUAUCACUGAUUCUGAGGGAAUUCCUAGUCAGUUUGACAAAGUAUGGUAUUCAGCGGGAGAACACAGCUUGCACUAAUAUUGCUGACUCGUUAGCAAAUAAAUGCACUGUAGUGGAGGAACAGAAACAAACACCAAACUUGCAGGUUCAUACUGGACUUGGUUCAAGAAGAAACAUCUUUGGUUCUGUGGACCAACUUCUUACGUCUUCGGUUCCAGAUCUCCCUCUUCAAAAGGGCAGAGAAAUGUCUUCUUGCCCAUCGAGUCCAGUUCCUAGAGACAAGAUACGCGUUGAAGUGUCUCAGAGUUCGCCACUAGAAGCGCUGUCGACCAAGCAGAGCUCCUCUCAGUUAUGCAGAGCACUGUAUUCAUCGCCUGAUAUUAGGCAAGCCGAUGACAUCGAGAGGCGAUUGAAACUAGCAGCUACAUGUAUCCAGGAAGCCUUGGCACUACAUCACCAUAACAUUACAGAUCCCAGAAACGAUAAGAAGUCCUUAUCAACUUCAAAUUUAUAUAAAGUACCGAAUAUCCCUAGCAGCAAAAAGAAGUCUCCUACCGCCGUUUCUCAACGAGAUCACCAUAGUUCGGUUGCUGGGAAGCCGACAAAACCUAGGCCAUUAACUCCGUAUUCUGGCAAGAAAACAAAACCCAUAUUUCCGGACAAAACCUCUACACCACGUGGUCCGAGUACUUCCACAAUGGGACGGCUUAACGUAGGGGCUAAUCGCCGGCGAACUCCUAACCCAUCAGGCCCCUGAAAAUUAGUUAUUGCAGCUUGCCCCAUUAAUACGAUCGCCAUUACGUAAGUCCAUUUUAAGAUGCGAGUAAUUGACAAUUGUAAAUAACAGAGGAAUGAACUAGGGACAGUGGGAGUAUACGGAAUAAUUAUCAAUAUCGAAUAUAUCCAUUACUUUGAUAGGGAGUAAUAUAGGUUAUUACUGGGAGAAAAUUCGUUUAAUCUGUGGUCAAAAUAAUUUUUUGACACUAAUAUUAACCCUCCACCAAAAUUUUUCUUGUAAUAGUUUGUUGUCAGCAGAACAGUUGAUAGUUACUUACCUGGUAGGCUGUUUCUAAUUAAAUUGCCUAGGAUAUCUUGCAACAUGACAAUAAAAAAUAUCUUCACGACAUUCACGAGGCGAUGAGAUUUGCGAAGUGUUGCUGUUAGUGUGUACAAUACAUGUUACUUCCAACACACUUUGGUCGUAACAGAACACAUUCCAGAAACAUACUAGUCACAUUCUUGGCUAUAUUUAAGUAAGUGAGGUCUUUUAUCUGUAUAGAAUAUGUUAUUUAUUAAAUUGUUACUACCCAUGAGUUGCAACUUUGUAAUCGUUAUGACUGCAACCCUGCAUUGCAUGCAUCUUCAACUGAUCGUAAAUAAUCAUAUUUUCGCUUUUAACCAGUGCUGUAGAAAUUAUAGCAAUAUGUAAAACUUCGUAUGGGCUCUGCAGUGUUACUGUGGUUCUAUACUCUAUUUAAGAUAUUAAUGCAAGAAUAUAUAGAAUGUUUUUACAAUAAUUUAAUCAUGAAUAUCACAUAGCCUGUUUUUAUUCAGAAGAAAUACAAUCUUCUGCAUGAAUGUGUAUAUAUAAAUUGUAAAUAUUUUGAAAGUAAUUGAUACAGCGCGGCGAAAGAUUCAACUUGAAAAUUGGGCCCAAAAUUUAUCCACAGCAAUGCAUUUUAUAUGUCUUUAAGAUUAGUUUCAAUAUUUUGUUCUCAAUUGAGUCUUUAGCACGAGGUUACUGUCCGGGAAGUGUCUCCACAACUUUAAACAUGUUUUUUUUAUUCCUACUAGAGUCACCUGUUUGCAUAGUAAGGGAGCGUAUUGACAAACAUAAUUUCAUUUAGUUUCAAUAUAUGAAAGAAUAACAAAAAAUGUAAUGGCCCAUAUUUAGGCCAAAAAGCUGCCCCAUUAUCCUGAUGCCAUACUCAGUUACAUCACAAACAAACGACGAAUUCAAAGUCGAACGUUAAAAAAAUAUGAGCGAAAAUAAAUAAAUGCAAAUUGUAAACAUUAUGAGUAAAUUAAUUUACUGGUUGUGAAAUUCAUCUUGUAUAAAGACACUUAACAGUAAAACAGAAGUUUUUCACAUUGCAUAAAGUAACGAUUAUAGUAUUUGUGUAUGAUACAUAUUGAAUAAAUAUUUGGAGAUAUAUAUUAACAUUCGUUUUGAUACUCUGGUUACACGUUAUGGCCUCUAUGAAAUAAUCUUAUAGCCGAUAAUAUUGUUGCUUAUAGUUUAUUAAGGAUGUAGAUCUAUGUAUAUUUUUUCAGAACUAAAUAAAUUUUGUUAGCAGAUUA